AUGGAACAACAACAAUACAAUAGUGGUGGGGAAUCACUGAUCACUGAUCAGUCUUUACAGAGUGAUCAGGGUACAGUGGACCAGGGGCAAGUGUACUAUGGCCAACAGGAUGUGAAUGCUGGGUUCAUAUCUGGAGAACAGCAUUCCCAUGAGUCUGGGCAAUAUCAAGGCAACAGUGGGGGUCUACUAUAUUCCUCUGAGUCUGGGCAAUAUCAAGACAACAGUGGGGGUCUACCAUAUUCUUCUGGGUUUGGGCGAUAUCAAGACAACAGUGGGGGUCUACUAUAUUCCUCUGAAUCUGGGCAAAAUCAGGAAAACAGUGGGGGGUUACUAUAUUACUCUGAGUCUGUUUGGUUGAUUCUCCCCUACCAGGAUAAUAUCAGGACAAUGGGGGUCUACCAUAUUACUCUGAGUCUGGCCCAUACCAAACUCAACCCAGUUCUGGAGGAGGUAUCUAUCAUCAUGGUUCCCAAUUCCAAGGCCCUGGUGUCCCUAGUUCAGGGGUCUGGUCUUCAAAGGAUCAUGUCUAUGACUCUCCCCCCAACCCUUGAACAUGUCUCUCACUGGUUGCCAACUGAGGGCCAUGACAACCAGUACAUCAUGGAUGGUUGGUCCAACCAUCCAGAGAAUAUUUCAGGGGAGUAUCCACAGGGUUUUUACCCUCCAUUUCACAUGGUCCCUGGUGAUUCAGGCACUCAGCAUACUGGAGAGAGCACAGGGGAGACAGGAGGGUGGAAAAAGAAUGAGGGGGAAGCAGGGUGGACUUUUCACCCUCCUCCCCCAGGCUCAUAUGUGGAUCAUGCCACUUUGAAAAUCCCAUAUGAAGGUGAAUACAUACCCCCACAGAGUGUGAUAGAUGACCAGGCCUGGGCACAACUCACUGGGGCCCCACAUUGGGAAAUUCUCAUGGGAGAUAGACUGGUUGCUGGCACAACUCCCUUAAUUUCCUUUGCCUGGCCAGCUGAGGCAAGGGAUCACCCCCAUUCUAGGCAUAAUUUGAAUUGGCCAAAUUCAGAGAAGUUUGGAAGGAUUGACAUCCCAAAAGGUGAACAAACAGCCAUGGCCCAUGCUGUUUUAGAAGGACAGUCCAAAUUUACAAGCUUCCAAGAGGACUCACUUACUUUGGUAUCACAACCCAAUUACCUCCAAGAAAAGGGCAGGAUCCCAGGGUUCAAGUGGCACCAAAUUGUGAAGAGCAUAUUAGGAAUGUUGCUGCAGAGCCAUAUGCAUGGUGUCACAGAACUUUCAAUGGUCCUGCAGCUUAUCAGCCAUGUAGUCUAUUCUCUUCAAUGGGUCCUGGAAUUGGACAUGGAUAAGGGAAAUAAUUUGAAACAUUACAUGUCUAAGCAUGGGAAUAGUGCAGUUGACAGAGGCAACCCAGAUAGUGAAGCAGCUACUCUAGAAAGGUAUGCAGACCUGGAGCUGGGGAUUGGUGAUGCAUUCCUUGAUCAUCAAUGGGCAUUGAUGAACAAGACACAUUGGUAUCAAGUUAUGAAACAAAUUCAGAAUGCACUUUGUCCUGUCUGA